AUGGCGCUAGAAUCGAUGGCUUCUCUCUCCGAUCUCCUCUCCUGUCUUCUCUCGUCUUCUACUCCGCCGUCUCCGUCGAUUUCGUCGACGAGCCUGAAACCUAUCGCUAGACCGUCGCAGUGUACGCUUCCAUCUUCCGUAUCCGCGACCGCGAGACCAUCUCAGCAGCUGUCGAUGACGAUGACGACGACGACGACGACGACGACGGCGAAGUUCUUCUUCACUGCCGAUCACGGUGACGUCAUCAAUCGCGUGGCGUAUCCUUCGCUGGCGAGCGCGAAUCUCGUCUUCUUCAUGUCCGGUCACUACAACGUCGAGGUGGUGCCUAAAGACGGAGAAUCGGAGGACCAGCUGGUGAACGAUUUCAAGAGGUCGGUUUUCAGAGCCGGAGUGUUGCAGGAGGCUCGGAGACGACGAUUCUUCGAGAGCUCUCAGGAGAAAAGGAAGCGCAAAACCAAAGAAGCUGCUAGGAAGAAUCGGAAAAGGCGGCCAAUCCCUAAACCAAAGCCACACUCAGCUCCAGAGAGCCACAGUCACAGAAAUGUAGGCGGAGAAGCUGAAGAAGACGAUGAUAACUGGGAACUUCCUCCCGAGGAAAUUGAGAUUCCAUAUACCAACCGUUCCUAG